UCCCAGCGUGACUGCGGUAGCUACCGGCGAUUAUUUAAUCAACUUCGCUCGCGCCGUCGCUACCAAGCGUCGCUUCUAAUCACGCUCUAUUUUGGGUGUACUCGCGUAACCGUUCGCGGGGAAAUAUGCCGAUGAACGAGCUACGAAUUUAGUGGAUAAACGGCACGGUAUGCGGGUGGAAAUGCAGCCUGAGCUUUCAACGGAAAAGCACGAAGCUCGCCGAACGGGAUUCGAGGCCGAGACCGAGUCGCCCUUUAGACGAAGCGCGGAGUGACCAAUCGAGCGGUUCGGGUCGACAGGGCUGUUCAGGGACGAUAAACGAGUGCUCUUUAUCCGUGGUGUACGCCGUAAUUAUUCGUCGAUCAAAUUGGUGAGGCGAGGAUCGUCGCGGUGACGAGGUGCGUGGUCCACGGUAACGUUUUAGUGACACGAACGGGGUGGGGGAAAAAGGAACUCGAAGGGUAGAAAUCCGAGAGAAGAAAGAGGAGCUUAAUGGCUCUCAGGAGAUCGGGGAUACAAGGACUGGCCUUGUAUUCGCGAACGGGCCGUUUUUUAAUAAACAACUUCGUCGCCGCUGGUACGCUUGUCUUGCAUCCGCCUCCCGUCCCCGAGCAGAUUCUGUUGCUGCAGCCGUCAUCGGUUCUACUUCCGUUUCCGUCUCUGUUAUGUGUGAACGCGAAGGGAGCCGAGUGUUUAUAACUGCACGGUGCUGGUGGCGGUGACAAAGGGAAAGGACAAAAGGAAGAAGAGAGGAGAGAGAGAGAGAGAAAAAAGGGGGAGAAAUUUGGAAACGAGAUAAAGCGAGGAACAGAGGAAAGAUACACGUAUAUACGUACUACGUGCACACGCGUAUAGAACAGAGUGUGCGUGAAAGAGCGAGAGGGAGAGAAGAGAGAGCCGAGGAGGCUCGCGUUGGUCGAGAUAUUUGAAGCGGUGCGCCACACAUUUCUACGGAAGAUCGUAUUCAGCGCGCGAUAUUUGUGAAAUCAUUUUUCCGUGUUUUGAUACACAUCGCACAUACACUUAUGUAUACGCAUAUCGAAUCUCACGGUGAUUGCCUCCGAUCGAAGAAAUACUUCUCGUCGGUCACGAGAGUUCGACCCGGGGUUACGCGUUCUACAAUUGACUAGAGUAGUUUUUACUCUGAUUCAGGAUAACCUGGUCGCACGCUACCGAGUUGUCAGCUCGUCGACAGGCGUGAUAGCCCGUCGACAGGCUUCUCGUACGUUUGCUGUCCUAUCGUCGGUGGUUCGCGAAUCCGUUGUGUCGUGAUAACUUCGCGAUCCGCGAUGUUCACGGGGACAGUGAAGAUCGAGAUAUGCCAGGCGGCAGGGCUGAGGGCAACGGACAAGCAACGUAAAUUCUGGCAAGAUGAACCGAUACUCGACCCGUACGUCCAGCUGGACGUCGACGAGAAUCACCUCGACCGGUCGUCGACCAAACCGAAAACGUUCGACCCGGUGUGGAACGAAUGUUUCAUCCACGAGGUUCAAGACGCGGUCAUGCUAGGAUUCACUGUCUUCCACGACGCCGCGCUGCCGCCGGAUUAUUUCGUCGCCAAUUGCAGCAUACCUUUCGAGGAACUUAUCAGCAGGAACGACAAGCCUGCGGAUCUCUGGGUUGAUCUUGAGCCGCAGGGAAAGUUAAGGGUCAGGAUAGACUUGAAGUGGAACGAGCAAGGCAAUGGAACAGAUCAACGAGCAAGCUGUUCUACAGGUGAUGGAGAAGGAAUCAGAGAUGGUGGAAGCAUUACCUCUGGAAAGGAGCCCAGAAGGGAAUUCAAAGAGAGGCAGGGCUUCAACAGGAGGAGAGGUGCUAUGCGACGUAAGGUCCAUCAAGCGAACGGUCACAAGUUCAUGGCAACCUUCUUGAGACAACCAACUUUCUGCUCUCACUGCCGCGAAUUUAUAUGGGGCUUGGGCAAGCAGGGCUAUCAGUGUCAAGUUUGUACCUGCGUAGUUCACAAGAGAUGUCACAAACUGGUUAUCACAAAAUGUCCAGGCAUGAGAGACGAGUCAAGUCAAGAUACAGAAAGUCCACGCUUCAGUAUAGAUAUGCCACAUCGUUUCGUUGUUCAUAAUUACAAGCGAUUCACAUUUUGCGACCAUUGCGGAUCGCUCUUGUACGGUUUAUUUAGACAAGGCUUACAGUGCGAAGUUUGUAACAUAAAUGUUCACAAGAGGUGCCAGAAGAACGUGGCGAACAACUGUGGUAUUAAUACUAAAGCUAUGGGCGAGAUCCUGAGUGCAAUGAAUAUAUCGCCGGACAAACAGACAAAGACUCCAAAGAUUAAUUAUAGAACAACCACUUGUCAGUCUGGUCAGACGCCCACGACGGGAACCGUCACGGAUACGUUACCAACGGAUAAUGCGCAACCGGUCCGCUCCGAGGAGCCGUCCGCUAUCGCUACGGAAAACGCGGUACCUGCUAAUGAGAACGAGGUUCGGAGACUCGGUAUCGAGGACUUUAAUUUCAUCAAAGUCCUCGGCAAGGGAAGCUUCGGAAAAGUGAUGCUGGUCGAACGAAAAAGCAAUCCGGACGAGGUUUACGCCGUGAAGAUAUUAAGGAAGGACGUAAUCAUACAAGACGACGACGUGGACUGCACGAUGACAGAAAAGAGGAUCUUAACACUAGCGGCGAAGCAUCCCUUCCUCACAGCCAUACACAGUUGCUUCCAAACGAACGACCGAUUGUUUUUCGUUAUGGAAUACGUGAACGGAGGUGAUCUGAUGUUUCAUAUCCAAAGAGCACGGAAGUUCGACGAGGCGAGGGCGCGAUUCUACGCGGCGGAGGUGACGCUCGCGUUACAAUUUCUGCACAAGCACGAGAUCAUCUACCGGGAUCUCAAGUUGGACAAUAUAAUACUCGACUCGGAAGGUCACUGUAAAUUGGCGGAUUUCGGGAUGUGCAAGGAGGGCAUCAACGAGAAAACGACCACCGCUACGUUCUGCGGCACGCCCGAUUACAUAGCGCCUGAGAUUCUGCAAGAAUUGCCGUAUGGCGCGAGCGUGGACUGGUGGGCGUUGGGCGUUUUAAUGUACGAGAUGAUGGCCGGUCAGCCGCCGUUCGAAGCUGACAACGAAGACGAUCUGUUCGAAUCGAUCUUACGAGAAAACGUACUGUACCCGAUUUGGAUCUCCAAGGAGGCCGAGUCUAUUUUGAGAGGGUUCAUGACUAAAAAUCCUGCCAAGAGAUUAGGCUGCGUCGCGGCCAACGGCGGCGAGAACGCCAUAAAGGUGCAUCCGUUUUUCCAAGACAUCGACUGGGAAGCACUAGAGGCGCGUAAAGUGAAACCACCGAUCAGACCGAAAACGAAAAGCAAAAAGGACGUGAUGAACUUCGACGCGGAAUUCACGAAAGAAGAUCCGGUGUUAACGCCCGAAAAUCCGGACGAAGUGAGCUACAUAAACCAAGAAGAGUUCCAGGGCUUCUCGUUCGUCAACAAAGACUUCAACCCUGCUAGGUUCGGAGCGCAAUAAGGGAAACGUAAGAAACGAGCUAGUAAACGGGAAAUUCAAUGUUUAAUAUCAUCUUAAACGCUUGUUGCUUGGGAAAUUGGCGAGCUAUGCCAAUCUGCAAAAAAAGCUGAACACAUCGGCGUGUCGACGCUGCUCGGGGUCUCCUUUGUAUCUUAUCUCCGUCUCGGGGGUAAUUCUACGUGUCAUUGGAAGCAACGUUCAAGCUACUAAAAAAUACGCGACGGACGGUCGUCCGGAAAUUGAUUGAUUCGCCAGAAGUAUAAUUUUCGCGGAAAAAUUGAUCGAUGAAGAGAAAACGCGUAUUUAAUUCGGCAUAAACGGAAGCGCGUACGACGGCAAGCGUCUUAAGAGGCUGAGCCAACGUUUUCCUUUGUUCUCGUCAAACAAGUCGAGGUCCGAUCGACAGAUUUAAUUGACGAUGAGUAAGAUUACUUAAAUAGUACUCGGGGAUGGGUACCGGUUAAGAAAAUUAGUACAAAACGAGCAAAGAAAGUAAUUUUCGACGGCAUGACGGUGAAGGUCGCUGGGCGAUCUAUCAAUUUUCCAAUGAUAUCGAAUCAACGAGAGCUUUUCAAUAACUUCUCUUGAUCGUAUGUAUUCCUUUUCUUCUCGGGCCGUUUUUUAGAGAAUACUCUCGAUGUAAAAAGUGUUUUAUACCAGUGAUGAUAAAAGUACUAGCACAGGGGCAAUCUUGGGUCUGAUUAAACACGUUAACGUUAUUCAUUUUUUCAUCUAGGCUCAGCCCCGGAACGUGAACAAUUCCGGAGUACAGGCUCGCGGUUGAAUCGUAAUUAAAAGACUUUUGGCACUUAUCACGCACCAUUUUCUUUAGCACUUACUUAGUACUUACACGUUUAUGUUGCAACGUACAAGAAUUAUUUGUUAUUACCGGCAACGAAACGGAUGAUUUAAAAGAAGUAAAUCGAGUCUUAAGUCUUAACAUAGUGCAUCUGAAACCACUAGUGAUCAAGACUGACAUGAAACGCCGGGGUUAAGUUAUAAGUAACGCACCAGACGCGAUUAACAAUGUCGAGUCUGUAUACGAGGAAUAGAGACGAAAGAGAAUAAGUGCGUAGCCGUCUGACGAAACAAGAUCUCGAAACGGCCUGAAAUUUUCGUCGAGCUUUACCCAAAGGAGCAGCUCGAGGCUGUUCAGAAUUAAUAUAAAUCGAAGAAACGACAAAAAAACAGAGAAAAUAUACAGAAGAGUAUAUAAGAGAAUUACCGAUUUAGAUCGAGCAGGUUACGAUCUGACCAUGAUGUUUACGUAAUAUUAAAUUUUAAACGAUAACGCGGUCUCCGCUGGUGGAGACCCGUUUAAGUUAAUAGAUCUUCAAGAUAAAAUAUAUAUAUAUAUAUACAUAUAUAUAUAUAUACAUAUAUGUGUGUGUGUACACGUAUAAGUUUAACUUAUUUUAAAUUGCAAUUGACAAACGAGGCUCGCGAUCAGGAACGCCGAAGAUUGAAACGCCAAAGCUCCUUCAAUUGAACGUGACUCUCCGGUGUUCCUGCGUGCGUCGAACCUUUUACCAAACACGAACACACACAUUACACUGAAGCGUGCGUGUUGAAACGCACAGAUAACAAUGAGCAUACCCCCCAAAAGAGUACUAAAAACUAGAUCGACUUAGCAGUCGAUUGACGCAAAUUUAAAAAUACGUACGUGUUGUCUCUAGUUAGGUGUCUUUAAAAGCUUGAAGCGUACUUAAAUUAGAGGAAAAGCUGAAAGCUCUUUAGCGUUAAGCGAGAAGAAUAAACUUCCGAUUAGAACGAACAAAAAAAUUCUCUGUAAUAUCUUAAGCAGCGUUCCGUGUCGUCUAGUUUAUACCGAGGAUUUCGUAAUUUAGAUCGAAAUAUGGAAAUGAAAAUCUUACUUCGAAUUUUCGGUGUAAACUUCACCAGUUAUCGUCGAUAGCGUUCAAGAUUUAAUUGGUGACGAGUUAUCGAUAGCUUAACGAUUAGUCAGUAAUAAUACGUUCUAGCGAGUAAUGAAAUUGACAAAGGAGAAAGUUGAAAAAAAAAGAGGCACCGAAAAAUAUCUUGCUGCGUCUGCUUCGCGACGGAAACGCCGUUGCAAAAAUCAGACGCGGCGUCGGUGUCGUGAUUCAUAGUCGUCGUGUCAUACUCAUACAUUUAUAUGUCCGUAGACUUUAGACUCAUCGAAGAAAAGUCGAGAGAAAACAAGAAAAAAAGAGAAUUCACAUACCUUCGAAUCUGGAUGCCGCGUCGAAUCCAACUGUCGAAACGAUGCUCCGUGCCACGGCAUGUCUCGUGUCAUCGUCGCAUUUACUCUGUAAUCAUAAUGUGCAAGGAGAAUUAGUAUACUGUGUAUGAGCACCAUGCCGAUUACUCGUAAACGGCGCCGUAAUCUUUCUCAAAAUUCGUCGACGCCUGGGGCGACGACGAUUAUUACCGUACGAGCGUAGCUGAUCGUAUCUUUUUACAGCUUUUGCUUACAUAGCAAUAAUUACCGAUCAGCGAUUAUAGCAUCUUAUCGAUGUGUCCAAGAGUCAAGAGUUCUCCGUGUACUAAAAUUCUGAGUGCUCUGUAUCUUUGUUCGGUUCAAGCGCACUAAAUUUCACUUUUCACCAUUCAGAAUUCGAUCAUUUUUAUCGUUCAGUACCGAUUCGCGAGAGAGAUUAAGGAGGAAAUGUGAAGAGGAUCGACGCGUUCGCGUCUGUGCGCUUAUCGUAAAUCUAGUCAGGACGAGAAUGUGUAACGAAAUACCGGGUCUUGGCUCGACGUGACGAUGUUAUGUUCUGAAUUGACAAGGAUGGCCGACUUAGUCCGGCCUACGCUUUAACGAAAAGACGGUUCCGUGCGUUAUUUGAACACAAAAUUAUGUAGCAACACGUGUUACACGCUACACCGUUUGCAACUUCUAAAAUUUUGAAGGGGCUAACUUCAGGCUCUCGUUAGCGACCACCUAGCGCAGGCGCAUGGACGGAUCUCACGUAUGCACAUGCAUUGCUCGUUGUUUACCACUAAUUGCAAGCUAAAGCUAAGGGCUAUGUGUAUGUGCCGGUCCAUUUACACGCGGCCAAAAUAAAAUGAGUUAGAUGCGACUGCAUAAACGUCAGCCGCUUAUACCGCAUUUACGUGCGAUCUGAAAAGAAAUCCCUUCAAAAUUUUAGGAGAUCAUUGUACUUAUCGUUACGUCUAAAAUGAUCGCGUAACAAUGAUUGUUCAAAGAGGAAGGGUUGAAUAUUUUAUGUAUUACAGCGUAAGGCGAUUUUCGAUUUUUUAUUCUAAUCUUUCUCAAUCUUCCGAUGCUUCUUGAAUAAUUUAUGGCUAUUUAUCUCGUUCGGUUGUACUCGUUUUUUGUCAGAUCGAUUCUCGAUGCACGUUGGAAUUGUUUGAUAAACAGAGAACGCAACGAUUGCCGUCCUAAACACAUCGAUAUGCUGAUCGGUUAUCCAAAGGUUUCUUUCGGCUUCGCGGCUACGUAGAAAGUAAAGCGCAUAAAAAUCGUGCCGGUCAGUAAUUCUGAUCCGUCGAGAUUCAAGCAAAAAAUAAUAUUUGUUGUAAUUGAGUAUUCAGAGUUUAAAUUGCAUCACGCUUUGCCGAGAGCAAGGAACGAGAAUCAAAAUCGUUAUACAGAACUAUGGUUUAUUAUCCAUAUUGUUGCAACGAUCAUCGAGAGCUGACAAAUAUGGAACUUUCUUCUCAGUUGUAUAUUACGUUGUGUAUUUCAAAAAAACUUAUAACGUUCCGUUAUAUUGUUUCACAGUAUUUAUAUACGAUGAAAUUAUUAUUUUUAAUUUCGUACAAGCAUCGUCGACGUAUGCGCCGCGUUAGUAAAUUGAAUGUUAAGAUUGCUAGUUUAGCGAAAUAUGUAUAUAUUUUUUUAGUUUCUCGUUAAGCGUAUCGUGUUUCUUUUUCAGACAUUUUUUUUUUUUAUUCAUACUUAAUUACGUCUUUUUGUAUUUACGCAGCAAUGGAGUUGAAUCUUUUUUUCUACUUAAUUUGUACAUUCUGCGCACGUUACCGAUUUCGUGCUCGGUGUAGUUCGUAUUUUUUUAUCGUGAUAAAGGUACAAAGUCAGGUAUCUUUGCAGAUUGAAGAGUUGAAUGAGAUUUGCGUCAGAAAUUCUAUGUUUAAGGAUUAAUUUCUCUUAUAAAUUGAGUGGAAACGAGCUUAUGUUACGUUUAACAUAAAUUGUUGUUCGAUGUUUCAAUUCAGUUUCUUUCGAUUCUCGAGAAGAUUAUCGCCAACAGUUCUGCAGGGAAAUGAGGGUAAAACUAAGGGGAUGGAAGAGAAAGCGAAUAGUGUUCCCAUUAAAAGGAUCCAACUUAAUUUACGUGAGAUUUUAGUAAUCGCUAGUCAAUCGUGUUAAUAGGGAAGGAGAACAAUUCUCUCGUUACCGUCGGAUACGUUCCUUCUGUUUUUUUGUUCUUUUAUGACACCCGGUUUCGGUUCUACGCUGGUCGUGUGAUACGUUCCGUUAAAAGAGCGAGAGUCGUUCGCAAUGCAAGGUAACAAGUAGCAAGAAUCCGUACAUAUUUCUUGUCUAUAUUUUUGUUUCGUUCCACCGAGAACGUGUGGAAAAAAUUAAUGUACGUAAAUAGAGAGUAUAACGCUAUAUAUAUAUACAAUGUUAUAAAUAUAUAUAUAUAUAUUAAAUUAUAUAUGAUAAAAAAGAAAUGAAAUAUUAUUGCAAUAUAGAGUUUUAAGUAGAAUCACACAUGUCUACAAACCGUGGUACUUUCCGUUUUUAGAGUAUAAUUAUUUAUAAAAGAAAAAUGAUAUGUGUAUAUGUAUAUAUACACACGCGGAUAUAUAUAUAAGUAUGCA